AUGGCCACCCAGUCAACCCUCCGCCGCCCGGAGGACCCCCUCCUCGCCCUUUACUUACACUAUUCUGAACUGUUACGCUCUCGCGUCCGUCGCACCACGAAAACCACCCGUCUAAUAGCUACAGUCGCCUUACUUUUGUCCAUUAUCGGCUCAGGAUAUGGGGGAUUCAAGUGGCUGCGAGAACGCGCAAGAGACCGCGCUCAAGGCCGCCGACUCUUGCGCCGGAACUCGGGAAUACGUGGCAAGGAUGGCUCUCGUACUAUCUACGUGCCCUACAAGGGCUCACGUACUUCGAAGGUCAUGAUACACCCCACCAAGAUGACCACGUUCGACGCCCAUCGACGACUCUUCUUAAAUCCGCCAGCAUCGGCACGGAGCAUUGAAGAGGGCUCGGCAAGCCAAAUUCCGCCUCCUACAACAAAGCCGGGGCUGAAUUUGGCAUUCUUGCAUCAGUUUCUCAGCUUGGGGAGUAUCAUGGUUCCCCGGUGGAGUAGCAAGGAGACAGGACUAUUGCUGGGUCAUGGCCUAUUUCUUCUGCUACGAACAUAUCUCUCCCUUUUGAUUGCACGAUUGGACGGUGAACUUGUCCGAGAUCUGGUCGCUGGCAAGGGGCGACCUUUCAUGUGGGGUAUUCUCAAGUGGUGUGGCAUUGGCACCCUCGCCUCGUAUACCAAUGCAAUGAUCAAAUUCCUCCAGUCCAAGGUGUCGAUCGCCUUCCGGACUCGUCUCACGAGAUACAUCCACGAUCUCUAUUUGACUGACAAUGACAACUAUUACAAGCUGAUGAAUCUGGACGGAGGUAUCGGGCAAGGUCCCGAUCAGUUCAUCACACAAGAUCUCACCCUCUUCUGCUCCGCUGCUGCUUCCCUGUACUCCUCGAUGGGAAAGCCUAUGGUCGAUCUGUUUGUUUUCAAUUAUCAACUAUACCGAUCUCUUGGCCCAUUGGCUCUGAGCGGAAUUCUCGCUGGAUACUUCAGCACAGCCAUUGUCCUUCGCAAGCUGUCCCCGCCGUUUGGCAAGCUGAAGGCUGUCGAGGGGAAAAAGGAAGGCGAUUUCCGUGGCCUGCACUCCCGUCUCCUGGCCAAUGCGGAGGAGAUCUCAUUUUAUGGCGGUGCUGAUAUUGAGAGAGUCUUUUUGGUCAAGAGCUUCAAGGACCUGCAGCGCUGGAUGGAAGGUAUCUACAGCCUGAAGAUCCGCUAUAAUAUGUUGGAAGACAUAAUUUUGAAAUACUCCUGGUCAGCUUUUGGUUAUUUGGUCACCUCUUUGCCCAUCUUCCUUCCUGCCUGGGGUGGGUCUGGUGGUGCCAUGGAAAUGAUCGACGCACCCGAGGGUAUGGGUCGUGAACGGGGUCGCAUGAAGGAGUUCAUCACCAACAAGCGUCUAAUGCUAUCCUUGGCGGAUGCAGGUGGUCGCAUGAUGUAUAGUAUCAAAGAUAUUUCCGAGCUUGCAGGGUACACUUCACGUGUGUACACCCUCAUCUCUACUUUGCACCGCGUCCACGCAAGCGCAUAUUAUCCACCUCGAGGAUCAUACUCCGAGCUCUAUUCUCUCGCCGAUGCACAGGGCACCACACAUAACGGCUUUGAUGGGGUUCGUCUUGAACAAGUCCCUAUCGUUGCACCAUCUCUUUACCCCAUGGGUGGUGACGAGUUGAUCGACUCCUUGUCGUUCAUUGUUCAUUCUGGGGAUCAUCUUCUUAUCUCGGGACCUAAUGGCAUCGGCAAGUCUGCCAUUCCCCGCAUUGUAGCGGGCCUUUGGCCCGUUUACCGUGGGCUUGUCAGCCGCCCGCGCGGAUUCGGUUUAGAUGGUAUCAUGUUCCUCCCACAGCGGCCCUACUUGAGUGUGGGUACUCUGCGAGACCAGGUCAUUUACCCACACACCGAGAUCGAUAUGCGAGAGGCCGGGGAGACUGAUGCAAAUUUGCAGAAGAUCCUUGAUGCUGCACACCUAGGCUACCUCCCAUCUCGUGAGGGUGGCUGGGAUGCCCGAAAGGAGUGGAAGGAUGUGUUGAGCGGUGGAGAGAAGCAACGUAUGGGUAUGGCCCGGCUUUUCUACCAUGAGCCACGAUACGCCUUCCUCGAUGAAGGUACUUCCGCCGUCUCUUCAGAUGUAGAGGGUCUAUUGUAUGAACGUGCCAAGGAGCGCGGUAUCACCCUCAUUACCAUCUCCACUCGUGCAUCUCUCAAGAAAUACCAUACUUUCAACCUGAGCCUUGGUCUCGGAGAGGAAGGUGAGCGCUGGGAGUUUGAGAGAAUUGGCACUGAGAAAGAGAAGCUGGGUGUUGAGAAGGAGCUGCAAGAGUUGCGCAAGCGACUCGACAAGGUCGACGAAUGGAAACAGCGCCGCGAGGAUAUUGAGAAGGAGUUGUGUAAAGUUUGGACGGCAAACGAGGGGGAGAUUGCACCCCCACCAUAUCAAGAAGAGGAGCCUGUUUCAGAGGUUCUAGAGGCUGAGCCUACGAAUUAA